AUGGAUGAACUUGCUGCUGCUCUGGCUGGGAGUAAUUUUACUGUCACCAAUGAACCAAACACUACUGCAGCUGAACAUCCAAGGUUUGCUCAAUACAAAUGUAAAUCCAGUACACCAUCACAAGAUAAAAGGCGACAGAGAAUUCUUGAGAGUCAAAAAAAACGAAGGUUUGAUUUCCAAGGCCAUGUACGUAAUUUAGCUGAUGGUGAAUGGACUGUACCAGGACAAUGGGAACAAGUCAAAUCAAAAGAGGAUGGAAAUGAAGAAGAUAUGGAUUUUGAAGUUGCUUUACGUAAACCAAGUAGAUCAUAUAAAAAUCAGCUGAUGCUUUCUGAAUGGUUAGUGGAGGUACCAGAAGAUUUUACUACAGAAUGGGUCACUGUUUUAUGUCCAGUUGCUAGAAGAUGUUUAGUUGUGGCUUCAAGAGGUAAGACAAAGGCUUAUACUAAAAGUGGUUAUUGUUUUCAUACGUUUAUAUCAAGUUUACCUGGUGGAAACAGAGCUAAUGACAAUAAAUAUACAGAUUUUACAGUAUUAGAUUGCCUGUAUAAUGAAACUGAUGGUAUAUAUUUUGUAUUAGAUAUAAUGUGUUGGAAAGGACAUCCUGUAUAUGAGAGUGAGACUGAGUUUAGAUUUUAUUGGUUACAAAGUAAAAUAGAUGAAACGCCAGAAGUUCAGAGUGUCAACAGAAAUAAUCCUUAUAAGUUUAUACCACUACCAAAUUUCCCCUGUUCACAAGAAGACAUCAGCAUAGCUAUUGCCACAGCUAAUUUUGAGAUUGAUGGUCUAUUAUUUUAUCAUAAAAGAACACAUUAUACAAUUGGAGCCACACCAUUAGUUGUUUGGUUAAAACCUUAUAUGGUUCCUGAAAUAAUUGGCAUUCAAAUUCCCGAACACUUGAUGGAUAAACGUCCACAAACAUAUGAAAAUUAUCAGAAACAUCUGAAAGAAGUCCAAGAUACAAAACAAUUCACCAAAAAUCCUCCAUCUAUGAGACUAAAUUACUCUGAGGAAAAAUCUGAUCAAGUGGGAAAAGUUAUAUUAUCUAAAAAACAGAAGAAAGCUAUUAGAAAGUCUGCUCAAGGUGAAGGAAACUCUAUGGAGGUUGUGGUUGAACAGAAUGACACACCUAAUGGCUGA